GGAAUUAAAUCUAAUUCAUAAGCAAAACUUGUUUAAUGAAAUGCUUAAAAAAUUAAAUCUAAAAUAUUGGUAAAUUUAUAUGAAACGCCUCUGUGUUGUACUGUAGCUAACUCUUAGAUAAGGCUAUAAGUUAUUUGAUUUCAUAUGACUUUUGUAUACAGUUUUAGUAAUCAAAAUAUAGAUGAUAAUUAUGUAACUCUAUUAGACUGUUGGGUAAAAACGAGUAAUAUAUUUAUUUUAUAAACUCUUUCCAACCGUUCAGACAAAAGACGAGCUUUUAAUUUAAAUUGCCGACAAAGAUGGACAUAAACACCGAUGAAUUCAAUCGUGUAAACUAUGCACACAUUCGUGACGCCAAUAAUCUCAUCGACAGAAUCAUUGAUGAAAAUGGAGAGAAGUUUGGGAUCGUAUUGGACAUCGGGUGCGGCAGUGGAAAUGUGACCUCACUUUUGAAUCAAAGGAUAUCAUGCGAUAAAUUGAUAGCAUUGGACAUCGAUAUGCGAAUGAUUAAGUUUGCGAAGACUAACUAUAACGCGUCUAAAAUCAAUUAUGUGGUUCAGGAUAUAAGCGCCGAAUGGGAUCUUUUAGACCCGACUCUUAAACAAUUGGAGGGAAAGGUAUCACUUAUUUUCUCCAAUCGAGUUCUCCAUUGGAUUGAAAACAAGGAAACGGCCGCUAAAAAUCUGUUCAGAUUUCUCGCACCCAAUGGGAAAAUAUACACCAAUAUUACAACUCUUUGGGAUCUGUUUCACGAUUUAUUGCCGGACGAGAAGAGAGAAGCGGAAAAACUCGUCAAAAUUCCUACAGAAAGUGAACAAAUUGAGAACUGGAGGACAGCUUUCACUGAGUCUGGAUUUAAGGGCAUUGAUAUUGAAUUCUCAGCCCUUCGACAGCUCUACCCAAGCGAUCAGUUUAAGAAUAUACUUUUGCCAUAUUAUCCAAAUUUGACCAAAAAGUAUUUGAUAGAGAAGGAUGCGGCCAAACGAAAUGAGAUCAUGUCCUCUGGUCUCAGGGAUUUGGUUAAGAAAUGCAUUUUAAGACAUCACUGCAGAGAACUGCCUCCAGAUUCCGAUGGAAACACAAUGUUUGAAUUGAAUUACGGACAGUGCAGAUGGACGUUAAAUACAAUGAUUCGCGCGGUUCUAGUGUUUAACCACAGAGGAAAACCAAGAAUUAGUAAAUUUUAUGAACACUAUGCUGAAGACGAACAACAGAUGAUAAUUAGAGAGACAUUUCAAUUGGUCUCAAGUCGUGACGAUAGGAUCUGUAACUUUCUUCACGCGGGACUACUGGUCGGCGGAUCGGAUUUUAAGCUCAUUUACAGACAUUACGCGACACUAUAUUUUGUGAUCUGUGCGGAUACGGCUGAGAGCGAACUCGGGAUCCUUGAUUUGAUUCAAAUUUUUGUUGAGGCACUCGAUAAAUGCUUUGAUACCGUAUGUGAAUUAGAUUUAAUAUUCAACACCGAUAAGGUACAUAACAUACUCAAUGAGAUAGUAAUGGGAGGUCUGGUUCUGGAGACUAAUCUACAGGAGAUUUUGCAACGAAUCGAUGAACAAACCAAACUCGAGAAGCAAACGGAGGGCUUGAAAGGGGCGCCCAUUCGAGCCGCCAAUUUAGUCAAAACCAAAGUCAAUCUAACGGGACAUUUACAGGACAUCAAGAACGAGCUGAAAAGGGCUUAUAAAUAAUUUAUUUAUUCUGUAAAUCAUCUCAUUUCAAACGACAAUUGUUCGCAAUAAAUAUAUUUAUAAUAUAAUUAAAAAUCCAGAAAUUAACAAAAAAUAAAAAUAUAAUUAAAAUCACAA